AUGCGUCAUCUGAUGUCUGUCUAUGAGUUAGUUAUUUAUCCGCUUUAUUCUGACCUCCCGUCUUCCCAGCUGCCAGGCUGUACGCUGAAGGUGCUCUUUCGAGAUUAUGAGUAUCUGAGCAGCCAGGCAUCUAACUACUAUGUUUUAUACCGCAGCACCCAUGAGCAGCUUUCCAGACCUGCGGGGAAGGUUCGGGUGCUGGCUGGGUGUGCUCUUUCUGGACAGGGGAACGCGGCCGUGGCGAAGAGGCGGCCGGCUUCGUUCCCGAGGGCCGCGCUGCCCCGAAAGCCCUCGCGCUUUUUUCUCCCCGAAGGCUGCGUUUGUGCCGGGAAACUGGAUCUUUCCUUUUCGGUUUUGGACGCGUGCGCAAGUCCCGUAUCUGGAAUAGUGCCAAAGCCCCAAAAUGCAAGAAUUAUUUCGGUUAAUCUUCGUAGCACUUUACAGUGGGAUGCACCUAGGUUUCACAAAGGGAAUAUAAGUUACACUGUCCAAUCUAAGAGCAUCAAUUUUCCUGGAGACACAUAUGAAAAUGUGAGCACAAACUUGAGACUCACAGAGUGCGAUGUCUCUUCCCUGUCUGCAUAUGGAGACUACGUUUUACAGGUCAGAGCAGAGUCAGAAAAUAACCAUUCAGACUGGGCAACCGUCAGAUUUAAGCCAAUGGAUGACACAGUCAUUGGGCCACCUGAUGUAAAAGUGAAGUCAGAGUCUGGGUCCCUGCAUGUGGAUUUCAUAGGCCCUUUUGCUGAACAUGAACAUGACAGGUGGCCUCUAAAGCAAUACUACGGCUCAUGGAAUUACAGAAUACUGUACUGGAAGAAAGGCAGCAAUACAGAGGUAACUCACAUAGAUACUAAACAUAACUCUGAAAUAUUAUCUCAGUUGGAGCCGUGGACAAUAUAUUGUAUUCAAGUGCAAGCAGUUAUCCCUGAGUGGAACAAAACAGGGGAACUGAGCAGAGACCUUUGUGAACAGACAACCCACAACGGUGUAACUCCUGUGUGGAUAAUUGUGACCGUUCUUAUAGGAUCAAUGCUGGUCGUCGUAAUAUCUGUUCCUGUUUGUUUCUUUUCCUUUUUGUAUCUCUAUCGACUCACCAAACAUGUUUUCUGCCCUUCAUAUAUUUUCCCCCAACACUUGAAAGAGUUUUUGAGUAAGCCUCCCAGUGGUGCGCAGUUUUUUUCUCCACUCCCACAAGAAGAGCAUCUUUUUUAUGACAAGCUAACUGUCAUUUCAGAAGAAUCCAAAAAUAACAGUGAUGAGACUGGGGAUGAGGCCAGCAAGACAACAGAGCACCUUCAGGACUCUGAACAAGAAGAUUCUGGUUCAAGAAUAGUACCAGCUUCAGAAAAGGCCUAAAUGCACUCCUCGUACUUCACUCGGACCAAAAGAAAAACAAAUGGGCUGUUGAGUUUAUCUUCUUAUUGCUGCAUUCUUAAGACAGUAAAAAUUCAUAUGCGAAGAUGUAUACACAGACUUUUCAGAGAAUCAUAUUAUUUUUUUAAAGUACAAGAAACUUGACUAUAAAUGAGGAAUUAUAUGAUACGUAAUUUUUGCCACUGUUUGUGGUGGCUCACUGUUAAGUUGUAGCAAUACCUUGGACUGUAUUACAACAUUAAUUUAAAAAGCAAUUAUAUAUAUAAUACUAGUUAAUUUAACUUUGAUGAACUAUUUAUUGCAAAAGCUAAUCAAAAUGAUAUAUUGUAUAAGGUUUGUAAAAGAAAAUCACGUUUUGUAAAGAAAGACCUGAUCUGACUUAUUUUUUGUAAUGAGAAAUUGUGUGUAUUUCUUAAGGAUGUCCCUCGUGGCGUAAUCUUUCUAUUGAAUAUUUUUUUACC